AUAUAACCUCCCAAAUAAAAAUUAAUUUCAUUUUUAUUCUACAAAUUUUAUGUCAUUUUCACAUUUACUUCGUGUCUUUCAUUUUAUUCACUUUUGAUCUUUUCCUGAUCAUUUCUGAUCUUUUCAUCCAAUUUUCAACAUCUCUCCGGUGAUUUUAACCACCCGAAAUAACAAUAAAAAGAUCAUAUAUAAGCGAAAAACAAAAUUAUGUACCAAAAGUAAUACUCCCUUCUUCUCGAAAUUAACUUCCCGCUUGAAUUUCACAUAUACAAGUAUUAAAAAACUAAAUUUAAUAAAUUGUAAAUUUUAUUGUUUUGACACUGUUUGACAUCAUUUUGACGCAGAGAAUUUGUCAAAUAUGAAAUGAGAAGUUAAUUUAGUAAUUGAGUUAAAAGAAAGCUAGAAGUUAAUCUGGAGAGGAAGGGAGUAAAAUUUACGUGAAAUAUCCUGUUGCAGUAGAAAAAUGGAGUUCGUGCUGCCUCGCUCACCUUCCACAUACCUUCAGCUUUCCUUCAACUCUAAACUCACUCGCUCAUUUUCGUCCGAUUUCACCAAGCCCAUACUAUUUGUUGCUGCAGUGAAGGAGCCGCCGGCUCUUACCAGUGGCAUCUCGACCCGACCCAGAAGAAAAACGGGUCCAGCUACCCGGAACCCUUCGGAGGCUGAAGAGCUGGUCGCCUUACGGAUAAAGAACUUGACGGAGAAAAAGCCUUUAUCUUGCACCCUCAACAAGUACGAGAAAAUGGUUCGUACGGAGCACUGUAUCAUCCUAUUUGAAGAGCUUGGCAAGAGCGGCCAAUGGCUACAAUGCCUCGAGGUAUUCAGAUGGAUGCAAAAGCAGCGGUGGUAUAUAGCUGACA